UCUGUACUUGUUUGUAUGCUAAUCGAGUGUCGUAUUUUAAAAUAUGUAUUUCUAAAACUGUGUAUUGUUCUUGUGCUAAAAUGAAAACUGUAAACUAUCAUUUUAUUUUCACCUCGUUGUUGAGCAAAAUAAAAACAAAACUCAUUCAGAAAUAGACCAAUGAAAUCGAAGCGAAUGUAUUUCAGAAAAUAGAAUAGCCUUGUUCCCAGUAUUUAUAUCGAAAGUCGUUAACUACGCAGCUGUACUGUUUCGUUGAUUACUUACUACGGUACAGGACAAAAUAGAUUACAAUUCCUCGGGAUGUCGGCUGAACGAAAAUGUGUUCAUGGAACUCCAGCAGACUAUCAGUGUUUGUACCACAAAGAACCGAUGUGUCCACAGUGCAGAUUUGCUGAACUGCACGCAUCCUGUCCAAAAGACACUCUUGGAAUAACGGACGAGUUUCCACCACCGGGUACCGAAAGAGGAAACUGUUACGAUCGGUGUAUUGAAAAUUAUAGGAGCGCCCGCCAUCUUCAAAUCAAAUGCUGUGAUUUACAGCAAAAGUCACCAGUACCUCAAAGAGACAGUCUGGAUACACUGUUCAAGGAGUUUAAAUCGAAGGUUAAUAUUUUACAAGAAGAAACAGAAAAAUGCAUUGAUGAAUCUAAAACAAUAUGUCUGAGGAAAUGUGCCUCCAUACAAUCUGUUUCUGCCGAUGUCUUGACGGAGGUUGGAAAGCAAAUGAAGACGCUUUGCGAGAACACACAAGAUGUUAAGCAUAUUCAUCGUGCAACCGAAGAUUACACGAAAGUUAUAGACGCCAAAAGAAAAGAACUGGAUCAGUACGACUUAAACUACUUCUUAACAGUACAUCUUGCUCGGUUAUUUGACCCGGACCGGAUUGUCCCGUUCCAACAAGCAAUACUGAGCAGUCAGCUGAUCGACAGCAUUUACCCGCCGGAAGUUCAUCCUAAUCUUAAUCUCACUCUAUCACUGGACACCAGAGUGCUUUUGGAGAAAAAGGCAGAUAUUUCAGGUUGUAUUGUGCUCAGGGACGGGGUCAUUGCGUUAGUCGACAGGAUGAAUUCUUCAAUUAAGCUACUCGCAGCUGAUGGUUUGAUUAAAAGCCAAAUGAAGGUAGACAAUUCUCCGUUUGACAUCACAGAAAGUGACCAAGGUUUCUAUGUGUCGCUACCAGAUAUAUGGCAAAUUUGUACCAUUGCAAUUACUUCCGGGAAUAACGUGGAACAAAGGAACGUCAUUGAUACUAGGGGCAAGUGUUUUGGGGUUGAAUACGGAGGACAAAGAUUAGUUGUGUCUUGCCAUUUGUCUGGAUACAUCUAUGGAUACAAGUAUCGGUUAAUAGGACCUCAGACUUGGCAGUUUUGUGUGUACGAUAACGAUAACGAACUGCUGCAAGUCAUUGAAAAAGACAAAUUGGGUAGAUCGUUUUACAUGAGUCAGGGGUACUUUAACUUUUGUCCAUUUCGAAAUCAGAUCCUGUUUUUAGCCAAUGAUGGAAAAGUCGAACAGUUCCAUAUUACAGGGCCAUCAAGCUUAGAGAAUCUAGGACACCUGGGAUCAACGGACGGUGAGAAGAUAACGGCACUAACUUCCUGUGGAAGUACAAUCAUCACGUGUCACACAAAAUCGGUUUUGUUUGGGUCUAGCACGUCCAUGCUCCGUCUUCAGAGUUCUAUUCCGACCGCAAUUAGUAAUGCAAACGUUAACAUCGGUUUCCAAGGUCUCAUGUGCUGUAACAUAAGGUCAAAGGUCCUCGUAGUUUGUGAGAGAUACCAACGAAACAAAGAAACUGUAUUUAUUUAUACUUUCUAACCUUUAUUAGAUAUAGAUUGGGUUGAGUAACGUGAAUUGUUUAAAUGUCACAUUGAUAAGUGUUCACAAGCUUUUAUUAUACGACUUUCGUAGGCACCUGAAAAAAUGUUAUUUCAGUGUUAGAUACUAGCUUAUGCCAUUCCUUUACAUUCGGUAGAAAACUUAACUUUCGUGCAAACAUUGAAACAAAAAUAGUUGCCAUGAUCAAUAAUAAGGUAUUUUUUCUCUAUUGUAUAUAUAUUUUCAGUAUAGAUUGAUUUCCUUGCUGUAAACAGUUAUAUAUAGUUCUGAAGUGGUGGUUUUCUUAGCUGAUGAAAUUGGAAAUUUGUCAUUUGAACCGGUUUUUAUGAUUGUAUGCUGUUUUAAAAAAUGUGCGAUUUUCAUCUUUACCUCUGUUUAUGUAUGUCUAACAUUUAGAAAGACAGAAACGCAUAUAUUUUCUUUGAUUGUUGAUUAAUAUAUUAAACUAUAAGUUGUAAUCGAUACAGUUUUUCUGCCUUAAAGACCUGAUACUGCAACCAUGGAGUUGUAUUAAGAAGUAUACAUGUUGUGAGCAACACCAGCUGCAUUUGCUUACAAUAAAAGUUGCAUCCUGUCUAAAAGUUUAUCGUGGUGUGUAUCGACAAUUAUUUAAAUUGUAUAUUCCUCAGAAAAUUAAACUGUAACCAAAUUAUUUCAUUUUCCCAAUGCUCAGUUUUAGGUCGUCUCUAAUGCUUGACUAGAGAACUGAAGGCGUCUUUAUAUAUCAAAGUUCGAAAUAUUUUCGAAUGGGAAAGAGAUAACAUAAACUACUAAAAUACGCCGUUUCACAGAAAUUCACAUUCAGAGACAAGGCAUACCCCAGCGUGUAUAGUAUAAGAACUGUUCUGUUAUAUCACAUGCACUGAUGAAUGGGUCUUUUGAGUGAUUACUUAGAAUAUCCUAAAUCUACUAAUCAAACUUGCCUAAGCUCUGCUUAUUAUUCUUGCUUUAAUUCUGCGUGUUAUUCUUGCUUUCAUUAUGUUUGUUGUAUAUAGUAUAUAAAAGGUAUCUUAUAAACUUUAUCAGAUAUCAUAUUUACCUUUUUGAUAUUUAAAGAUAUCUUAUAAAGUUUAUGAGAUAUCUUAUAAAACAUAUGAAAUAUCUUAUAUGUUUUAUAAGAUAUUUUAUAAAAAUAAAUUUAUAAGAUAUAUUCUAUUUCUAUAUGCAUUCUCAUAAACUUUAUAAGAUAUCGUGUAUAGUUUAUAUGAUAUCUUAUAUAUUUUCUGAGAUAUCUUAUAAAACGUAAAUUAUAUGAGAUAUCUUAUAAAACAUUUUAGUAUUAGCAUACAAAUGAAAAUGUUAUUAAAAAAGUAUUUUUUGUUUUUACAAAACUAUGAAAAUUUACUCACAUUUAAAUGAUACACUUUCGCAACGAAUCAAAUGGAUUUUGUACUUGAACGAAAAGUUUUCGUAGAAAGAAAGAGUUUGAUAUUUACAAACUUGAAUCUGCACUGUCAGGGAGCUUUCAUAAUCAAUUGAAAAUCUUUAGUUUGAGCGCAUAUAUAACAAUACAACGAUGCCUUGGUUGAUAAAUGGAACUAAGGACAUUUCCAUUUCAAUACUAAAGUAUAUGCUGAGUUUCUACAGACAUCUCAAACACAUUGCAUGCUCUUAAAAUCCUUUUUUUGGAAAUGCUUUGUUUUCUCCAAAUCCAUCAUUUAAAAAUCUUACCUUUUAAACCUACGCCAGGCAGAGUUUAUCCUUUCAAAGUUCUGAUAUCUAACUGAAUGAAUGGCGUUACCUUUAUAUAGGAAAUGUGCAUUUUAAUUCUUUGUCAUACAGAAUUUGUUUCAAUAAGUCGCUGACACUUAACAGUCUCAAUUUUUCCAGGAUUUUUUUCUGAUCAUACUAAAAAUUUGUCAAAUCCAUUGAAAAGUGAAUACCUGAACAUGUAAAAAGCCUCUUGAUACUACAUUCUAUUUGGUUGAUAUAGACCUCUUACACACGUUCCAGUUUUCAAUAACUUCUUCAUUAAGAUUCUCACCGAGGAGAAAAACUUUUACAAUGAAAGCGUUUGUGCACUGUCAUUCUCUCACCAGAGGGCGCGUUACGCAAGCUUCACAUACACCUUUGUCCACGCUUGGAAUCAAGUGAUAAUAUAAUCACAUGAUAUAAACAAUCAUUCUCGGUUUCCUUUCCCUUUAAAAGUUCAGGCAACAGGUGAUAUAUCGGGCUCUUUUCAAGCCAACUGACACUUUAAUAAGUGCAUAUAUACCAUUUAGCUGUUUGUCUCUUAUUUUACAAGUUUUAUUGUAUUUUUACAGCCUUUUUACUUUUGAUUCCAUGUUUACAUUUAAAUCUCCACCACGUGUAUAUCCUACAUUCAUACGCAUAUUAGGAAGUAGUUCCAAAUUUAUGAUCAGAAAACGGCGAUUUUAAACAAUUUACAAUAAGCUUCAAUUUGAUUGCACCAAAAACAUAUCAUAAUAUGACUAAAUAUCUAGUCCUAAACAUAAAUGUUGGAUCAAAGAAACUUUUACAAGAUUUCUGUAAAAAGCCGUUGACAGAGGUGUAGUGCAAGGAGCGCACGGAACUCUGGGUAGAGAAUGGUGCACUGUAAUUAACACCCGUAAGCGUACAAGUCAGGGUCAAUAUCAAUAAGCUCUCAUAAUUUAAAGAGAGGUGGUGGUGGUAAAAGGCGUCCUUUACUACUCUACAGAUGAAACAAACGAAUUAUGUAUUUUCUCCAAUCUAAUUAAAAUUAGAUCCAAUGAUCUGCUCACCUACUAUCGCUUAUAUUUCUAAAUAGAAUAUGGCAAAACGUUUGGAUUAUAUUGUCGUUUUAAAAUAGAAGUAAAUAUUGUUCUGUUUCUAAAUAUAUACAAAUGAAUUCCAUUUGAUAUAAAUAAAAAAAAUUAUUUUUAGAUUUCCAAGGGAUUGAUUUUCAGAAUACAACGCCAUGAUGGCAGCUGAACAAAAAUGUGUUCAUGGAACUCCAGCAGACUAUCUGUGUCUGUACCAUAAAGAACCGAUGUGUCCACUGUGCAGAUUUGAUGAAAGACACGCAUCCUGUCCAACGGACACUAUUGGAAUAACGGACGAGUUUCCAACACUAAAUAUCGAAAGAGGAAACUGUUACGAUCGGUGUAUUGAGAAUUAUAGGAGAGCCCACCAUCUUCAAACCAAAUGCUGUGAUCUAGAGAAAAAGUUAAAAGUACACAAAAAAGACAGUCUAGAUAUAUUGUUCAAGGAGUUUAAAUCGAAAGUUGAUAGUUUACAAGAAGAAACAGACAAAUGCAGUGAUGAAACUAAAACAAACUGUCUGAGGAAAUGCACCUCCGUACAAUCUGCUUCUGCAGAUGUCUUGACAGAGGUUGUAAAACACAUGAAGGAGCUUUGGGAAAACACAAAAGAUGUUUCGCAUAUUUAUCGUGCAACCGAAGAUUACACGAAAGUUAUAGACGCCAAAACAAAGGAACUGGAUUCGUGUGACUUAAACUAUUUGUUAACAGUAAACCUCGUUCGAUUGUUUGACCCAGACCGGAUUGUCACGUUCCAACAGGCAAUACUGAGCAGUCAGCUGAUAGACAGCAUUUACCCGCCGGAAGUCCGCCCUAAUCUUAAUCUCACUGAAACACUUCAUUUUGGAAAAGAUACACACAUUUCAGGUUGCACUAUGCUCAGGGACGGUGUCAUUGCAUUAGUUGACAAGACACACUCUACUAUCAAACUAUUCGCAGCGAAUGGUUCUUUUAAGGACUGCAUGUAUGUAGACAGUCCUCCGUUUGACAUCACAGAAAGUGACCAAGGUGUCUAUGUGUCCCAACCAGAUAUAAGGCAAAUUCGUAUCAUUGCACUACCUACCGGGAAUACGGUGGAACACGGGGGAGUCAUUAAUACUAGGGGCAAGUGUUUUGGGGUUGAAUACGGAGGACAAAGAUUAGUUGUGUCCUGCCAUUUAUCUGGAUUCAUGUAUCAGUUUAUAGGGUCUCAGACUUGGCAGUUUUGUGUGUAUGGAAACAAUAACACACUUCUGCAAGUCAUUGAAAAAGACAGAUUGGGAAGAUCGUUUUACAUGAGUCAGGGGUACUUUAACUUCUGUCCAUUUCGAAAUCAGAUCCUGUUUUUAUCCAAUGACGGAAAAAUCGAACAAUUCCAUAUUACAGGACCAUCAAGCUUAAAGGAUCUAGGACAUCUGGGAUCAAUGGACGGUGAGGAGAUAACGGGACUGACUUCCUGUGGAAGUACAAUCAUCACGUGUCACACAAGACCGGUUUGGUUUAGGCCUAGUGUGUCCACGCUCCGUCUCCAGAGUUCUAUUCCGAACGCAAUUAGUGACGUAGAUUUUAGCACGACAUACCCAGGCCCCAUGUGCUGCGAUAUAAGGUCAAAGAUCCUCGUAGUUUGCGAGAGGUACAAAAGAUUGACAGAUAAACCAAAAACUGUGUUUAUUUAUAAUUUCUAACCUUCACUAGAAGUAACGUGAAUGAACUCGAUCUUUAUAUAGAAAUGUUCGAUGUAUGUCACGUACACGAGUUUCCUAAGCUAUUGAUAAAUGACUUUCAUAGGCACCUGGAAACAUUAUGCAAUUAAAGUAUACAUGAGUGUUAAAUAUUAGCAUGUGACAUUCCUUUACAUUCGGUAGAGCACUGAACUCUCAUGUAAACAAAUACAAAAGUUGUGAAGAGCAAUAACUCCAGUACGGAUUUUUCUCUACUGUAUAUCUAUCAUACAUUGAUUUCCCUGAUGUCCACAAUUAUAUAUAUUUUUGAAGUAGUGGUUUUGUAAACUGAUGAAAUUAAAAUGUUGUCAUUUAAGUUUUUAUGCUGUUUGACAAAAAAGUGCGAUUUUCAUGUUUACUCACAUAUGAACUGUGACAGUAGUAGUACAUCUGAAUGAUUGUUAUCUAUUUAGAUUGUUAUAAUAAUUACUAGUUAAAAUGGACGUGCCCCCGUGGGCCCUCAAUUUGGUGAAUAAACAUAUUUCAUAAGUUUA